CCCUUUCGCUCUCCGUAGCGGCUCCUCCGGCUGUCCUCGGAGAUUGUUUGCAUCGGGGAGGAGCCGUGGGUCGCCGAGCAGCGAUGGCAGAGGCCAAAGCGAACUGGGUGGCAGAGGAGAGGAGCGGCCACUGCGCUGUUCUGGACGGAUGCUACCUGUACGUUUGGGGUGGCUAUGUGACAUAUGAAAAUAAUGAAGUUUAUUUACCCAAUGAUGAAAUCUGGGUUUAUGAAAUUGAAAGUGGUGUAUGGCAGAGGCAACCAAUGAAGGGAGAUCUUCCUCGUCCAAUGUCAGGAAGUUGUGCAGCUUGUCUUAAUGGGAUCAUGUACAUUUUUGGAGGAUACGAUGAUCUUGGAUAUAGUAAUGAACUCUAUUGUGUUAAUUUAGAAGUAAACAAUGAUGUGUUUACUUGGAAGAAGAUCUGUAAUUUCCAAGGAAAUCCUCCUACUCCAAGAGAUAAACUUUCUUGCUGGGUAUAUAAAGACAAGUUGAUUUACUUUGGAGGCUAUGGGUGCAAGAAAAUAACUGAACUAAAUGAUUCAUUCGAUGUGAAUGAAGCAUCCUGGGAAGAAGAGAUGUUCUGGGGUUGGAAUUAUGACAUCCAUGUCUUUGAACCCAGUAUGAAUAUCUGGUACCAACCAACAAUUAAGGGCACAUCUCCCCGACCUCGAGCAGCUCAUGCGUGUGCGACAAUAGGAAAUAAGGGUUUUUUAUUUGGAGGAAGGAUACUGGAAACAAGAAUUAAUGAUUUACAUUGUUUGGACUUGGACACAUGGACAUGGUCUGGAGAAAUUAUGGUUAAAGGAAUACGUCCACAGGGGCGCUCAUGGCAUACACUAACUUCUGUAACAGAUGAUCAGCUUUUCCUUUUUGGUGGAUUAAGUGCUGAAAGUCAACCUCUUAGUGAUGCAUGGAUAUAUAACAUUCAAGCUAGUGAAUGGAGGCAACUGGAGCAUUGUCCUAAGAAUAGACCCAGGUUGUGGCAUACAGCCUGUUUGGGAAAGGAGCAUGAAGUGAUGGUGUUUGGUGGAAGUAAAGAUGACCUCCUUUCCUUCGAUUCUGGUCACUGUAAUGAUGUCUUGAUCUUUCAAACACAGCCAUAUUCACUGUUCAGGUUGUGCUUAGACUGCAUUGCUAAAAGUUCCACAGUUUUACAGAGUCAGCUUCCAUGGUUGCCUCGUCAACUGCUUUCUCAAGUCAAGAAAAAGAUCACUUUCUGGGUUUUAGCUGGACGCCAAGAAAAAUGAAAAUAUUUUUAAAGUUUGAAUUAAGAAUGUUUGCAUAUAUCAUAUUGAAUGAUAUAUUGUAAGAGCAAUGCCAUUAUGUUAGGCAAAUGUAAUAUUUGAAAUGUACAAACCCAAAUUGGGUUGAUUUAAAAAAAAAGUGAUUGUUAAGUUUUAUUGUAUUAAUUUUGUAGACUGAUUAACAUAGUAGAUAUGUUAAUUCAUUUUAUAUCAUCCUGGUCCAGAUUCUGAAAUAAAUUGUUUUGAGUAAUAAUACCAGUUGUGAUGGCUUUUUCAUCAAUAAA